CCGUGCGUUCCGGCCCCGCGCCCGCCGCUCCGGUGACUGGAUAGGAGAAGACAGCGAACAUGUCCGAGUUUUGGUUAAUUUCUGCCCCUGGCGAUAAGGAGAAUUUGCAAGCCUUGGAGAGGUUGAACACGGUGACCUCCAAGUCCAACCUGUCCUACAAUACGAAAUUCGCCAUUCCUGACUUCAAGGUGGGGACCUUGGACUCCCUGGUGGGUCUCUCUGACGAGCUGGGGAAGCUGGAUGCCUUUGCUGAAAGCCUCAUAAAGAGAAUGGCUCAGAGCGUGGUGGAAGUCCUGGAGGACUCGAAGGGGAAGGUGCAAGAGAACCUCCUGGCCAACGGAGGUCUGAAGGAGAAAAUGAAAUGUCUAAAGAUUGACCUGACGUCUUUCGUGACUCACUUCGAGUGGGACAUGGCCAAGUACCCUGCAAAGCAGCCACUGGCGGGCGUGGUGGACACGUUGGCAAAGCAACUGGCACAGAUCGAGACGGACUUGAAGUCCCGGACGGCCGCUUACAACACGCUGAAGACCACCCUGGAGAACCUGGAGAAGAAGUCCAUGGGGAACCUGUUCACUCGGACACUGAGCGACAUCGUGUGCAAGGAGGACUUUGUGCUGGAUUCUGAGUAUCUCAUCACGCUACUGGUCAUCGUCCCCAAGCCAAGCUACUCACAAUGGCAGAAAACCUACGAGUCCCUCUCGGACAUGGUGGUCCCUCGGUCGACCAAGCUGAUCGCCGAGGACGGCGAGGGCGGCCUCUUCACUGUGACUCUGUUCCGGAAAGUGAUUGACGACUUCAAAGUCAAAGCCAAAGAGAACAAGUUCACUGUCAGAGAGUUUUACUAUGAUGAAACAGCAAUCCGAAGGGAGCGCGAUGAGAUGAGCAGAUUGCUGUCUGAUAAGAAGCAGCAGUAUCAAACUUCCUGUGUUGCUCUUAAAAAGGGAUCCACCACCUUCCCGGACCACAAGGUUAAGGUGACCCCGCUAGGGAACCCCGAUAGGCCCGCUGCGGGGCAGAGCGACAGAGAGAGAGAGAGUGAGGGCGAGGGCGAGGGCCCCCUGCUGCGCUGGCUCAAGGUGAACUUCAGUGAGGCCUUUAUCGCCUGGAUCCACAUCAAGGCCCUGCGGGUGUUCGUGGAGUCUGUGCUCAGGUACGGGCUGCCCGUGAACUUCCAGGCCGUCCUCCUGCAGCCGCACAAGAAGUCGGCCACCAAGCGCCUGCGGGAGGUCCUCAACUCCGUCUUCCGACACCUGGACCAGGUCGCCGCUGCCAGCCUGCUGGACGCGUCCGUGGAGAUCCCCGGGCUGCAGCUGAGUAACCAGGACUACUUCCCGUACGUCUACUUCCACAUCGACCUCGGUCUCCUGGACUAGCGGCCGGCGGGCACGCAGGUGACUCCGGCCAGAGAAACUGCUCACGACAGUUAGCUGUAUUUAUUUUUUUAAGUUACAAUAAAAUGCCCAGUCCUCUGAACUCUUAAGUUCUAACUCAGAAGCUGCACCUCCCUGUACGUCUGACAUAGACUCCUGCUGCGCUGCCUGGACGGGGGUUUUGAGGUGGGUGAGCACGGAGAAGCCUGAGCUAACUGCAGAGCCCGAGACCCAGGGCCGUGCGCAGUGCUGUCCGCGUCCCGGCUGCAGGGCGCAGGGCAGGCGUCACGUCGGGCC